UGUCCUCACCUCAACCUCAACGACAAACGCUCAGCAGUACUGUAUCAUCUUCCUCCAGCCAUUUUCCUGGAUUCCAUUACCAUUCCACUGGCGAGUGUGGUGUAGCAGCAGCCGAGAAUACUAGUAGUGAUCAGUGAACCAGAACCAGAGGGUCUUCAGCCAGCGACACAACAAAGGAUGGCGGCGGCGGGCGCCGUCGUUCCCAGGCCGCCUCCUCCUCUUCCUAUAACGGCCUUCCCCUCCUCCUCGUGGCCCCGCCUCUCCCCGCGGUAUCCCCUAAGAUUAAGAAGCAUGCUCCGCCGCCCCCUUCCGUGCGCCGCCGCAUCCUCCUCCUCCGUCUUGAUGCCCGAUCCGGACCUGGAGCCUGAGCCCGCCCACGAGGACGAGUCCAGGCCCCGCCGCAUCGCCCUCUUCGUCGAGCCCUCGCCCUUCGCCUACGUCUCCGGCUACAAGAACCGCUUCCAGAACUUCAUCAAGUACCUCCGGGAGAUGGGCGACGAGGUGAUUGUGGUCACCACGCACGAGGGCGUGCCUCAAGAAUUCCACGGAGCCAAGCUAAUCGGAUCCUGGAGCUUCCCUUGCCCCUGGUAUCAAAAGGUUCCGCUCUCGCUGGCGUUGAGCCCUCGAAUCAUCGGAGAAGUUGCUAGAUUCAAGCCUGACAUUAUUCAUGCCUCUUCCCCUGGGAUUAUGGUAUUUGGUGCGCUAAUUAUCGCAAAGCUGCUCUGCGUCCCUCUUGUAAUGUCAUACCACACCCAUGUCCCAAUUUAUAUACCCCGAUAUACAUUCAGCUGGCUUGUCAAGCCCAUGUGGCUAAUUAUUAAAUUCUUGCACCGAGCUGCCGAUCUCACACUUGUACCAUCAGUUGCUAUUGGCAGGGAUCUUCAAGCUGCCCGCGUUACAGCAGCCAAUAAGAUACGCCUUUGGAACAAGGGUGUUGAUUCAGAAAGCUUCCAUCCUCGCUUCCGAAAUAAGGAAAUGCGUUCAAGGCUAACUAAUGGAGAACCAGAAAAACCACUAAUAUUGUAUGUUGGACGCUUAGGAGUGGAGAAAAGUUUGGAUUUUCUUAAGAGAGUCAUGGACCGACUUCCAGGAUCAAGAAUUGCGUUUAUCGGAGAUGGCCCAUUCAGGGCUGAGCUUGAGCAGAUGUUCUCAGGUAUGCCUGCAGUGUUCACGGGUACGUUGCAAGGGGAAGAGCUAUCGCAGGCCUAUGCCAGUGGGGAUGUGUUUGUGAUGCCUUCAGAGUCAGAGACGCUUGGCUUUGUGGUGCUCGAGGCCAUGUCAUCAGGAGUUCCGGUAGUCGGCGCUCGAGCUGGAGGAAUACCUGAUAUUAUACCGGAGGACCAGGAAGGGAAGACCAGCUUUCUGUACACGCCAGGGGAUGUUGAUGACUGCGUUAGCAAGAUUGAGCGUCUCUUGUCAUGCGAGGAGUUGCGAGAGACGAUGGGGAGGGCUGCCAGGAAGGAGAUGGAGAAGUUCGACUGGCGAGCGGCGACGAGGAAGAUCCGGAAUGAGCAGUACAGCGCUGCGAUCUGGUUCUGGCGCAAGAAGAGGGCACAGCUGCUGAGGCCCGUUCAGUGGGUGGUCCGGAAGCUGGUGAGGCCGACAACGCCUGGGGCUGCCGUUGCGAAGCAAUCAUAGAAGAAUGUUAAAAAAAAAGCAAUCAUAGAAGAGGAAGCAUUUCCGUAAAAAAAAACAGAGAGAGGGAGAGAGGAAGCAUUCUGGACGGUGCAUCUGCUUCUGUGGUGUUGACGAUUGGAUGUCUGAUGCUCAACAAUUGAUGGGAAGGAAGCUCGAGCUUCCAGUACAAUUGAAUGGAUGAUCACUCACCAUUAGGUUUAGGACUGGUUGAUUGUAAAUCGUACAUACGCGUGUACUACUUCAUUCGCUUGCUACAUUGCAUCCUACUAUUCUGUCUUUGGUAGACUACUAUUCUGUCUUUGGUAGAAUUGGCAGUCCGUAAAUGAGAUGCGUUGCCAUGUCAUAGUAAUUACGAAGAGAAGAGACGAAAUGAGUUUCAUGAAACUCGAUUUA